AUGAAGGAGGAAUGCAGGGGAGGAACAGCCUGUCCCAAAGAAUGGUUUCUUGAUACCAAAAGUGAGCUUCCGUUCCCGAACACUCAUCCUUUAACACACGAGUAUGAUUGUUGACUAAUGCAACCCCACACAGUUGUCGCAGAAGCCACCGUCGGGCGGAAAGAAAACAAACUCUACAACGCCCAGAUCAAAAUCGAAGCCCUCGACGCCUCAGUGCAAAAAGGAGAAAUCAACCCCCUCUCAACAUUCGCAAGCGAAACCUUUGCCUACACGCAAAAGAUGAAGCCAUUGAAAUACUGGCCAACUCCCAAGCCUACGUGUGGGAGUAGAAACCCAGAUUGUGACCCUGGUAGGUCCUUCUGGAUCUCUAUACCGGACUAAAAGAUUGUAUAUUGACUUUCAUUCAUUUAGUUCGCACCCCGGAAAGAAUAAUAGAUCAAUGGUACGGCUCGAAAGUGAUAGUGAUCAACCAUCGUGAGAGCAAGGACCAUGGAUCUGGAAUAGUAUCCAACCUACGCUUUCAAAUUUCUAUUGUCAUGUAAGCUUUUCCCUUGACGGUCCGAGGUGAAUAUUGCUAAUAAAGUAUUUCCAGGCCCGAAUAUCCUACCCUCGCAAGCGGAGAUUUUAUUUGUUCUGGACUGCUCGGUGUAAGUAACCUGCUGUAUCGCUGAGGCAGAAUCGUACUAAUCGUUUGCAGGCUGGUGGUGCUAUUGCGGGCGUUGUUAACCCACAGCUUGGUAUAACAUUCGCGCUUGCGUCACUCACUUGUCUCUUCGCUGCCUAG